AUGUCGCCCUCAGAUGCUCCUCCCUUGGCCCAGGACGAAGGUCCUGCUCCCACCGAAAGCGCUCCUCUCCUGGGAAGACCCGGCGAUGCGUUACAAAAACCCGACGCCCCAAUAUUUAUGAAUCUCCUUCUCGGAACCGCCUGGCUGGCGCAGAUCGGCGCGGUGCUCCUCCUAACCAUCGUCUGGACGGCCGUCUUUGCCCACACAACACUGCCGCUGGUUUCGCCGCACCCGCUGCUUAAUUCGCUCGGCGUGUUCACCGUCCUGCAGGCUAUCCUCGUCCUGCAGCCGACCAAGACGCCCGAGGCCAAGGUCAUGGGCCAGCGCGUGCACGCCAUGCUGCACGCACUGUCCUUCUCGCUGUUCGCCGCGGGGGUGGCCAUCAUUGAGACCAACAAAUACCAGAACAGCUUCCCCCACUUCCACAGCGCGCACGCCUACCUGGGCGUUAUCACCGCCGCGCUGCUGGGCGUGCAGUACCUUUUUGGCUUCACCAUCUUGCUGACGCCGCGCAUUUGGGGCGGCGUCGACAACGCUAAGGCCAUGUGGAAGUACCACCGAUUGGUAGGCUAUACGGGUCUUCUGACGCUCCUGGCGACCGUCGCCCUGGCGGCUGAGACGGACUACAGCAAAGGCGUGCUAAAGAUUAACCUGUUCGCGGUGCUGGCGGCCGAGGCGCUCAUCGUCGCCGGCGUCUUCCCGCGAAUUCACUUGCGCAAGCUGGGCAUCAACACCGGUUCUGUGCACUUGCCCAUCGCGGGGGAGCCCGGGGCCAGGUGA